AUGAAAGGACAGAAAGGAGAACAGAACAAACUCCUAACAGGAGGAGACUCACUCAUGGCCUACGAGACAGAGGAUCAGGAGACUCAAUACUGCUUUCCUGACAUCAACUCAUCAUGUGUCAAGGGGAGACGCUCAAGUAAUGGAUAUAUCAUCAUAUAUGUGUUUGUGUCAUUGCUGUCAGCAUGGACUGUGUUUCUGAACCUGCUGGUGAUCAUCUCCAUCUCUCACUUCAAGAAGCUUCACACUCCAACCAACAUGAUUAUUCUCUCUCUGGCUGUAAAUGAUCUGCUUGUUGGAGUUGUCAUGCCUGUAGAGGCCAUCAGAAUGACUGAGACGUGUUGGUAUUUUGGAGACACUUUCUGUGGACUCUAUUUAUUUUUUGUGUCUUUACUUCUCGCAGCAUCUCUUGGUAAUUUACUUUUAAUUGCUGUUGAUCGUUAUGUGGCUGUGUGUCACCCUCUACUGUAUACACAGAAAAUAACCAUCACUAAAAUGUUAACAAGUAUCUGCCUGUGCUGGGCUUGCUUUUCAACUUACUGCACUACCUUUGUAAUUGAUAAUAGAAAUUUUGACACUUCACACAGAACAGAUGUGUGUUACGGAGAGUGUUUAGUAAUGAUAAGUCUUAGUUGGUUAGUCAUUGAUCUGUUCAUGUCUUUUAUUUUUCCUUGCACUCUGAUCAUACUGUUAUAUUUGAGGAUUUUCUAUGUUGUUCAUCAGCAAGUGAAGGUUAUAAACUCUCUGAUGAAGCGUGGUAAAUGUGUAACAGAGGGUUCAGUAAAGAGGAAAUCUGAGAGUAAAGCUGCUCUAACUUUAGGAAUCAUUGUGUCAGUUUAUCUGCUGUGCUGGAUUCCAUAUUGCAUCUGUUCUCUAAUUGUAAACUCCUCCACAGCUCUAAAUGUUAUAAUAUGGACUGUGUAUGCUAACUCAGGUGUGAAUCCUCUGGUUUAUGCUUUAUUUUACCCCUGGUUUAAAAAGACAGGUAAACUCAUCUUGACUCUAAACAUAUUACAGCCAGCAUCCUCUGUAAUCAAUAUUUUUACACAAAAUAAACUAUAAUUAAUUACAAAGCUGUCACUAAUAUAGAUAACAUAUUUGAUUUCACUUUGUAAUUUUCACUAAUCAUGUUAUAUCACACAUAGCUUACUUUAACCUGUAAGUUUGAUGUUUAAGUGUACUGCUGUGAAAACAAGACCAAGAUCCGUGACAAUAGUAGGCAUUAACUGUGCGAGUUAGGUAUGGUAUGGGUAAUGUGAGGCACAUCUUGCUUUAUCCUAUAUAAUAAUAUUUAUAAUAUUCAUAACUGCCAUAAUAGAGGAAAUAUAUCUGUAUAGUGACAUAUGCUUCAAUGUGUUUGUUUCUACUAGUUUGAGCACAAAAGUCAUAAAAUACAAAUCAAGAGUGAUGAUGAUCAUGAGCAGAGAGGAUACUUGUGAUUUAGACAUGCUGUAUUUAACUGAUACUCUAAACCAGCAGUAAAAUAAUGCUAAAUAAAAAAUGUAGACAUGAAUUUAAUGUAAAUGUCAUACAGAAUAAAGGAAAGCUUAUAAAUGUU